GGAAGCCGUGGCCCUUGUCUUCGCUACAGAAGUAGCGAAGUAGCUAUUAUUUCGAUGCCCUCGAAAGAGCGGUGGUGAGGUCUCUUCCUGAUACUCUUGUGCUGCAGCCGUCAUGUCAAUAGCGAUGUUGUGGUGCCCAACUUGUUCGAGAGCCUUCUGCAGCACUUUGCCAUCGUCAGUUCAUCCGUACUGGGUGUUCGGAUGGGAUUUUAUGGCUAACACACAAGAACCAGCAACGAAAUUAUUGUUGAGGUGUGUCAAUCGGGCGACCGUGCUUGCAUGUUCGUGUCCGAUUACAAUUCGUUAUGACAGCAAUGUUUGGCUGGUCGUUCAUAUCUGUCGCGCAUUUUGGCGCUUCGGCGAACGCUUCUCCAAUAUCUAUAUCGUGUCGGUGCCUGUCAACACAUUCGUUCCCGACUUCCAUUGGCGGACGAGUUGGCUAUUCGUGUGUUGAUAGGAUUGUUGCAGCUCUCUCCAAUGUCAUGACAGGUGAUAAAUUGCGGGCUGUGGGCUGAAGCGUAAUCCCUUCCACCUGUUGUACCCCCUGCAUGAUAGCCUGCCCCCGCUCCUUCCACUAUUAUCGAGUCUUGAUGUGCUGUAGUAUGUUGCUGCAAGGAUCCGACAUGUUCCGACGCACACAAGGAUUACCCUAUGAUAAGGACAUAGGUGAGCUUAUCUAGUAGACGGUUCCUCACAGAAUGACGCGCAAGUACCCAAUCUGUAGUCUCACACACGUACGUCGCGUCCACAUGACGCAG